AUGUCUGGCAUCCAUGCCCCAUGGUCGUCUGGAACAGAGUGUGUAGCCAAAUAUAACUUUCAGACUGCUAAUGAACAGGACCUUCCCUUUUGUAAAGGAGAUGUAUUGACCAUAAUUGGAGUCACCAGGGAUCCAAACUGGUAUAAAGCAAGAAAUACUGGAGGAAGAGAGGGCACCAUUCCGGCAAACUAUGUCCAGAAAAGGGAAGGAGUCAAGUCGGGGGGCAAACUCAGUCUUAUGCCCUGGUUCCAUGGGAAGAUAACCCGGGAGCAGGCCGAGCGGCUCUUGUAUCCCCCUGAAACGGGUUUGUUCCUGGUGAGGGAGAGCACGAACUAUCCGGGCGAUUAUACCCUGUGUGUCAGCUGUGAUGGCAAAGUGGAGCACUACCGCAUCAUCUACCACAAUGGAAAGCUCACCAUCGAUGAAGAGGAGUACUUUGAGAACCUCAUGCAGCUGGUGGAACAUUACACCAAAGACGCGGAUGGCCUUUGCACCAGGCUGAUUAAACCCAAGUUGAUGGAGGGGACAGUCGCGGCGCAGGAUGAGUUCUCCAGAAGUGGUUGGGCUUUGAACAGGAAAGACCUUAAGCUUAUUCAAACAAUUGGCAAGGGAGAGUUUGGUGAUGUAAUGGUUGGAGACUACAGGGGGACCAAAGUGGCCGUCAAGUGUAUCAAAAACGAUGCCACAGCGCAGGCUUUUAUUGCGGAGGCCUCUGUCAUGACGCAGCUGAGACACAACAACCUGGUCCAGUUGCUCGGGGUAAUCGUGGAGGAGAGAGGGAGUCUUUAUAUUGUCACAGAAUACAUGGCCAAGGGCAGUCUGGUGGACUAUCUGCGAUCUCGAGGGCGGACUGUAUUGGGAGGCGACUGCUUAUUAAAGUUUUCACUAGAUGUCUGUGAGGCAAUGGAGUACUUGGAGGCCAACAACUUUGUCCACAGAGACUUGGCAGCUCGUAAUGUUCUUGUGUCAGACGACAACAUUGCCAAAGUCAGCGAUUUUGGCCUCACCAAAGAGGCCUCCUCCAUACAGGACACUGCCAAACUGCCUGUCAAAUGGACAUCCCCUGAGGCUUUGAGAGAGAAGAGGUUUUCCACAAAGUCAGAUGUUUGGAGCUAUGGAAUCCUACUGUGGGAGAUUUACUCCUUCGGGCGUGUGCCUUACCCUAGAAUUCCGCUGAAGGAGGUGGUGCCGCGAGUGGAGAAGGGAUACAAGAUGGACGCUCCGGACGGGUGCCCCCCUGUGGUGUACGACCUCAUGAAGCAGUGCUGGACUCUGGACUCUGUCAUUCGGCCCUCCUUCCGCAUGUUGAGGGAGAAACUGCAGCACAUCAGAGCCAAGGAGCUGUACCUGUGA